AUGAGGGAGACACAUGCCCGCUUCCUUUUCCGCCGCACAGUUUAAACUGGCAGUUGUUAUUGUUAUGGAGGUCUGGGAUUGAAGUUUUUGCAGAUGGAUUUUCCCGAUCCUUCGUGUUAUUCAGGCAAAUAAGACAACUAUAAGCCAUUUACAUGUAGCACUUCUUACCACACGUACAGUGUAGUGUUCAUUUAGUAAAACGGGCGAAACGCAGGUGGAAGUCUACCGAGAUGUCUCUACCACCGGAGAAAGCAUCUGAACUAAAGCAGAUCAUACACAACCAUCUGAUCAAGAUAAACAUCCAUGGGAAGAUCAGGGAUGUGUUGGCGGAGACCAUGAGAGAGGAUCUGGACCCUGGACAUAGCUCUCUGUCUGAGGAGGACUUCCUCCGGGCUCUGCAACGCAGGGGAAUCGUAGACGAUGUCAUGAAGGAUCUUCAUUUCUCCAAGGAAGUGCCUGACACCGAGUUAGGACUCCAGAACACUCCGAAGCCUGCAACUCACUUUAUUGACAAGGACCCGACGAAGCUCAAGAAAACCAACAUGGACCCAGCGAGGAGGUACCUGUACCUCCAGGUCCUGGGGGGUAAGGCCUUUCUAGAGCACCUCCAGGAGCCAGAGCCUCUACCUGGUCAGGUCUGCUCCACCUUCACCCUCUACCUGCACUUCAGGAACCAGCGCUUCCACUCCAAGCCUGUCCCCUGUGCCUGUGAGCCAGACCUGCAGGAGGGCUUCCUGCUGGAGAUACACAGAGAGGGCCUGGGCGAUGGCAGUAAGAUGGCAGAUGCCACCACGAUGUUGUCUAUCUGUGACCCGGUACACCUGGUGUUGAUAAAGAGAGACACGUCCAGCGAGACCACCCUGGUCUCCUCUUACUUCCUGGACUGGAGGACCGUCCUCUCCUCUCCCUCUGGGAAGACCAGCAUUGCCGUAGAGCUGCUUGGAGUCGGUGUUGAAUGUAAGGUGACGGCUGGUGUACUCAACAUGAGUCUUGACCUUUACCCUCCUCUGUCAGAGAUCCUGUCACCUGACAUCAUCACCACACAGCAGUCCCUGGAGCGACAGAAGACGGCGGAGAAGGAGAGGCUGUUUCUGGUUUAUGCGAAACAGUGGUGGAGAGAGUUUCUAGAGAUCAGACAGGCCAACCAAUCCAAACUGGUCAAGAUCUUUGCUCAGGAUGAGAAUGGCGUCAACAGGCCGGUGUGUUCCUACGUGCGUGUCCUGCGUGCUGGUCGUCUCCUGGAGAGUCCCCGUCAGGCGGCCCGCUUCGUUAGCCUGCUGGGCCUGGAGAAAGCCCCCGUGGUGGGGGGAGGGGGCAAACAGGAGCAGUGGUGCUCCCUCCUCGCCUUCCUCUGUAGAAACAAGGGCGACUGUGAGGACCAUGCCACCCUGCUGUGCAGUCUGCUGCUGGGGUUCGGCCUGGAUGCCUACGUGUGUGUUGGCACUAAGCCCAAGAGCCUGGCACACACCUGGGUGAUGACCAGGGGCACUGACAGCACCAUCACCUUCUGGGAGAGCCUGACCGCACACAGGUACCUCCACCAGGCCAUUGACCCAGACGCCCCUCCCCUGGCCCCCCAGCCACGCCCCUCCUAUCCCUACAGGACCAUCGGCUGUGUGUUCAACCACAGGUCCUUCCUGGCCAACUGCCAGCCGUCGGACGCCGUGGAACUCUGCUCGUUCGACUUCCACAACCAGUCCCAGUGGAAGGCUAUGAGUGAGGAGGCUGUUGGCUCAGUCUGCUCCCCAGGCAGCACCACCUCUCUGCCCCCUCUACCUCCUCUCUGUGGCCCCUCCCUGGAGCCCAGCGCUGCCUCCAAUCAGCUGGAACUGGAGCUGAGGUACCUGGUGGUGGAACACAGGAAGGACCUUGGCCUGGCCACAGUGUGGGAUGACCACCUGUCCUACGUCCUGUCCUCCGCCCUGGCGGCGUACGAGCUGGAGCGCUGCACGGGGACUUCCUGCGGUAACGAGGAGUUCCAGGAUGCUGUGCGGAGGGCGGUGCCGGACGGACACACCUUCAAAGGUUUCCCCAUCCACUUCCUGCACCACAACGCACGGCGAGCCUUCGCUACCUGCCUCAGGUCUCCGUUCUGUGAUGAGAUAGUGUGUUGCCGUGGGGACCACGUGAGGCUGGCGGUGCGUGUCCGGGUGUUUGCGUACCCCGAGUCUGCCUGUGCCGUCUGGGUGAUGUUCGCCUGCAAGUAUCGUUCUGUACUCUGACCCCUGACCUUUGACACGCCCCCACCGUUGGAGGAACAUCAAGUUUAAGGGACCAGGGACCUCCCCAUACCAUAAUAACACCAUACUGAAGGGCUGAUACCAUAUCUAUUGAAUUACCAGGGACCUCCCCAUACCAUAAUAACACCAUACUGAAGGGCUGAUACCAUAUCUAUUGAAUUACCAGGGACCUCCCCAUACCAUAAUAACACCAUACUGAAGGGCUGAUACCAUAUCUAUUGAAUUACCAGGGACCUCCCCAUACCAUAAUAGCACCAUACUGAAGGGCUGAUACCAUAUCUAUUGAAUUACCAGGGACCUCCCCAUACCAUAAUAACACCAUACUGAAGGGCUGAUACCAUAUCUAUUGAAUUACCAGGGACCUCCCCAUACCAUAAUAGCACCAUACUGAAGGGCUGAUACCAUAUCUAUUGAAUUACCAGGGACCUCCCCAUACCAUAAUAGCACCAUACUGAAGGGCUGAUACCAUAUCUAUUGAAUUACCAGGGACCUCCCCAUACCAUAAUAACACCAUACUGAAGGGCUGAUACCAUAUCUAUUGAAUUACCAGGGACCUCCCCAUACCAUAAUAGCACCAUACUGAAGGGCUGAUACCAUAUCUAUUGAAUUACCAGGGACCUCCCCAUACCAUAAUAGCACCAUACUGAAGGGCUGAUACCAUAUCUAUUGAAUUACCAGGGACCUCCCCAUACCAUAAUAACACCAUACUGAAGGGCUGAUACCAUAUCUAUUGAAUUACCAGGGACCUCCCCAUACCAUAAUAACACCAUACUGAAGGGCUGAUACCAUAUCUAUUGAAUUACCAGGGACCUCCCCAUACCAUAAUAGCACCAUACUGAAGGGCUGAUACCAUAUCUAUUGAAUUACCAGGGACCUCCUCCCCAUACCAUAAUAGCACCAUACUGAAGGGCUGAUACCAUAUCUAUUGAAUUACCAGGGACCUCCUCCCCAUACCAUAAUAGCACCAUACUGAAGGGCUGAUACCAUAUCUAUUGAAUUACCAGGGACCUCCCCAUACCAUAAUAACACCAUACUGAAGGGCUGAUACCAUAUCUAUUGAAUUACCAGGGACCUCCUCCCCAUACCAUAAUAGCACCAUACUGAAGGGCUGAUACCAUAUCUAUUGAAUUACCAGGGACCUCCCCAUACCAUAAUAGCACCAUACUGAAGGGCUGAUACCAUAUCUAUUGAAUUACCAGGGACCUCCCCAUACCAUAAUAGCACCAUACUGAAGGGCUGAUACCAUAUCUAUUGAAUUACCAGGGACCUUCCCAUACCAUAAUAGCACCAUACUGAAGGGCUGAUACCAUAUCUAUUGAAUUACCAGGGACCUCCCCAUACCAUAAUAGCACCAUACUGAAGGGCUGAUACCAUAUCUAUUGAAUUACCAGGGACCUUCCCAUACCAUAAUAGCACCAUACUGAAGGGCUGAUACCAUAUCUAUUGAAUUACCAGGGACCUCCCCAUACCAUAAUAACACCAUACUGAAGGGCUGAUACCAUAUCUAUUGAAUUACCAGGGACCUCCCCAUACCAUAAUAACACCAUACUGAAGGGCUGAUACCAUAUCUAUUGAAUUACCAGGGACCUCCCCAUACCAUAAUAACACCAUACUGAAGGGCUGAUACCAUAUCUAUUGAAUUACCAGGGACCUCCCCAUACCAUAA